AUGGGCGCUGGAGGCCCACAACGGGGUGCAGGCCCCCCAGAUGGUGGCUGGGGCUGGGUGGUGCUGGGCGCCUGCUUCGUGAUCACCGGCUUCGCCUACGGCUUCCCCAAGGCCGUGAGUGUCUUCUUCGGAGAACUCAAGCGCGACUUUGGUGCGGGUUACAGCGACACAGCCUGGGUGUCCUCCAUCAUGCUGGCCAUGCUCUACGGCACGGGCCCCUUGUCCAGCAUCCUCGUGACGCGCUUUGGCUGUCGCCCGGUGAUGCUGGCUGGCGGGCUCCUGGCUUCCGCGGGCAUGAUCCUGGCUUCCUUUGCCUCGCGCCUUCUGGAGCUGUACCUGACGGCUGGAGUGCUCACAGGCCUGGGCCUGGCCCUCAACUUCCAGCCGUCGCUCAUCAUGCUGGGACUCUACUUCGAGCGGCGACGUCCCCUGGCCAACGGGCUGGCAGCGGCGGGCAGCCCGGUGUUCCUGUCCACGUUGUCGCCGCUUGGCCAGUUGCUGGGGGAGCGCUUCGGCUGGCGCGGUGGUUUCCUGCUGUUUGGCGGCCUCCUGUUGCACUGCUGCGCCUGCGGGGCCGUCAUGCGGCCACCACCAGGGCCCCCUCCCCCACUUCGCCCAGAUUCGGCAGAGGACCGCGCGCCCGGCGGCGGCCGAGCCCGCCGCCGCCUGCUAGACGUGGCGGUGUGCACCGACCGCGCCUUCAUAGUGUACGUAGUCACCAAGUUCCUAAUGGCACUUGGGCUCUUCGUGCCUCCCAUCCUGCUGGUGAACUACGCCAAAGAUGCAGGCGUGCCUGACACUGAGGCUGCCUUCUUGUUGUCCAUCGUGGGCUUCGUGGACAUCGUGGCACGGCCGGCGUGCGGUGCCCUGGCGGGCCUGACACGCCUGCGACCCCACGUCCCCUAUCUCUUCAGUCUGGCCUUGCUGGCCAACGGGCUCACGGACCUGAUCAGCGCUCGUGCGCGCUCCUAUGGCACCCUCGUGGCUUUCUGUAUCGCUUUCGGCCUCUCCUACGGCAUGGUGGGCGCGCUGCAGUUCGAGGUGCUCAUGGCGACCGUGGGUGCGCCCCGCUUCCCCAGUGCGCUGGGCCUGGUACUGCUCGUGGAGGCCGUGGCUGUGCUCAUAGGACCGCCCUCUGCCGGCCGCCUGGUGGAUGCCCUGAAGAACUAUGAGAUCAUCUUCUACCUUGCUGGCUCCGAGGUGGCCUUGGCUGGAGUCUUCAUGGCAGUCACCACCUACUGCUGCCUGCGCUGCUCUAAAAAUACCCCAUCAGGUUCAGCGGCUGAGGGAGGAGCCGCUGACUCCGAGGAUGUGGAUGCUGAGAGGGACUCUGAGCCAAUGCCCGCCAGCACUGAGGAGCCUGGCAGCCUUGAGGCUCUGGAGGUGUUGAGCCCCAGGGCUGGGUCCUCAGGACCUGAACCAGAGGUGGAAACAGUGUCUGGGCUGGGUCAUGAGUCUGUGUAG